AUGUUUCUUUCCUCCCCGCGUGUCCAGCCCCCGGAACUAACGGCUUCCUUCAGCAUUCACUGGGCACCGCUAAAUGUCGGCCUGGAGCGACGCCUGCAGACGUUUAUUGUUCUGUGUCAUACCCUUACUAUCGCCAUUUUUCUGACCAGCUUCUUCUUCACCUGUGCGAUUCCGUUAUUCUGGCCACUCCUGCUGCCUUACCUGGUCUAUAUCUCCCUGUUCUCAACAGCACCUACAUCAGGGGAGCUCAAGGGCCGCAGUAACUUCUUAAGGUCACUUCCAAUCUGGUCGAUCUAUGCGUCUUAUUUUCCCGCCAAACUUCACCGGGAAGAAUCACUCCCUCCGACCAAGAAGUAUAUCUUUGGUUACCAUCCCCAUGGCAUCAUUUCACAUGGUGCUUUUGCCGCUUUCGGAACCGAGGCUCUCGGGUUUUCUAAGCUAUUUCCUGGCAUCACAAACACUUUGUUGACACUGGACUCGAAUUUCCGCAUUCCAUUCUACCGAGAAUAUGCCCUCGCCAUGGGCCUUGCGAGCGUCUCCAGGGAAUCAUGUGAAAACCUUUUGUCUAAAGGUGGCGGGAAUGGCGAAGGCAUGGGGCGAGCAAUCACUAUUGUUAUUGGCGGUGCUCGUGAAUCUCUCAAUGCUCAGCCGCAUUCCAUGCGUUUAGUACUGAAGCGCCGCAAAGGAUUCGUCAAAUUAGCCAUCCGCACUGGCGCGGACUUGGUCCCUGUUCUCGCAUUUGGUGAAAAUGAUCUUUACGAACAAGUCCGCUCAGACCAACACCCAAUCAUCCACAAACUUCAGAUGCUGGUAAAACAGACGAUGGGUUUCACAAUCCCGCUAUUCCAUGCGCGGGGUGUGUUCAACUAUGACGUGGGCCUUAUGCCCUAUCGCCGCCCAUUGAACAUUGUCGUCGGGCGUCCUAUUCCUGUGAUGCAGCAGCAGAAUCGAGACAAGAUCGAUGAUCAAUAUAUCGAUGAACUCCACAAUCGAUAUGUGCAAGAGCUCCAGCGACUGUGGGACCAAUGGAAGGACGUUUAUGCAAAAGAAAGAACGGGUGAACUGGAAAUUAUCUCGUGA